AUGUUACCUCAGAAACAAGCGGAGGAGGCCAUGGUCUCGAGCUUCAACUUGACUGAGCGUGAUGACAGAGAGGAAGAGAAGGUGGCUCACGUUCUGUUAACGCUGCCAUACUCUUUCUCUCAAAUGGGUAUGCUUUCAGGGAUUAUACUGCAGGUCUUUUUUGGUCUGCUUGGAAGCUGGACUGCUUAUCUUAUCAGUAUUCUAUACGUCGAGUACCGAAGCCGAAAGGAGAAAGAGAAUGCCAGCUUGAAGAACCAUGUCAUCCAGUGGUUUGAAGUGCUCUAUGGUUUACUUGGCCUGUACUGGAAAGCCGUUGGGUUGGCCUUCAACUGUACCUUCCUCCUCUUUGGAUCUGUUAUCCAGCUCAUAGCUUGUGCAAGUAAUAUAUACUACAUAGACGACCAUUUGGACAAGAGAACAUGGACAUAUAUCUUUGGAACUUGCUGUGCCACCACUGUGUUCAUACCCUCAUUCCACAACUACAGGAUUUGGUCCUUCCUUGGGCUGGGAAUGACCACCUAAACUGCUUGGUAUUUGACCAUUGGAGCCGUUGUUAAUG